AGAGAUUGUAUAUCUUUUUAGAUUAGUAUUCAUUAAAACUGAAGAAAAGUAGUUCAGCAUUGGGAACAAUGAAGAGUUUUUGCAUCCUGAUAUUUGUGAUUUUCUGUGUUGACAGCUGCCUUGCACUCGAUUAUUGGGCUUGGAUUGGGAUAUCACUCGGUUCAUCAGUAGCCGUUAUGCUAAUUUGGUUAGCAAUCUGCAUGUUUGGAUAUUGUUGCUUCAAGAAGCAUCAAAGUAACAUACCCCAACAGACAUAUACCUUUCAAAAUCAGCCAUCAGUGUCAACCGUUCCGAUGCCAGCAUACUCAACGAAUCCUCCGCCAUAUCCAACCGCACUUGCUCCACCUGGAUAUAAAUUCGAAAAUCAACAACCUCAAAUAGCACCUUAUUAUUCUCACAAUUAGACUUGAGGAAAUAAACUACGUCUCAACACUUUUGACUUCAUCACCAAGGCAAUAACCAACAAUGACGUAGAAUCAAACGGUCGAAUGCAUCUCACAGUACAACAAUAUAUUUUUAUUAUUAAAUUUUCCGUGCAAUUGCCAUCACGGCAAGCACAGACAGGGUAUUGAUUCAACUGAUAUAUUUGCAUGAAUUUUAUUCCACUGACUAUCUAUGGAACCGCUACCUUCAUUUCUUAUUCCUAUCUGUAAGUUGUACCAGUACACGUAUGCAACAAAUGCCUAUCAGAAGUUUCCGCCGUAUAACGAUUAGGAUUUUAGGCGACUGAAGUAUCGUUCUUUAGAAAUACCCGGACGUUUACAUAUUGAUAAUUUUAUGAAUACUUAUCCAGCAGUAGAGAGAUUUUUAGUC